GUUUGUAAUUCUUCUGACUUGUUAAUCUUAUGCUUCACGUGCUGCACGCUUUUCUCAUUCGAAAACAACACGUGCGCGCGCCAGGUGACUCCAGGUCGUCUGACGGAGGUCCCGGGCUGAGACUCGGCAUCAGAUAUGACCUUGAACAGAACUUGUGGUCGCAGCCUGAAAUGGAAGUUCUCCGUCCUUCUGGUCGCUGGUGUGUUCAGCCUGCUUGCCUUCUUUGGGGAGUUCCAGAACAAGGCAAUUGGCCGACUCUCACAGUAUCAGUUCAUAAGGACCCCUUAUGCUCAUAUUCCGAAUAAAUCCGCAAGGAAUACAAGUGGCACUUCCGGUAUCAGGGACACACUGAGCAGAUUGAAUGGAACCCUUAAAGAUGCAAGCACGGGACAAUCCUCAAGGAAACAGGGGGUUGUUUCCAAGUCGGACAAACCUAAGCUACAAGCGACCCGUAUGAAGUCACCAUCUGCUGCUGGCAAAAGACAUCAACCCCAAGCGAAAGUAUCCUCAACAACAUCCCCGAAGAGGUUUAAAAAUAGACUUUUCAGUAAUUGGAAACCCAAACGUUUAUCUAAAACAUUCAAACUUAGAGCCAAACGACACAGUAGUUUAGAUCAACUUAACUCCAAACUGCAAUCAAGACCUAAGGAAGAACCUUUAUCCGACAAACAUUAUGGUCUGAAACUCUCCACCAGAACCAAACAGUACUCCUUUCUCCUCAAUGUCUUAGGAGUUUGUGAUCGUUCUACGGAGCUCGUUGUUAUCGUAUGCUCGUCACCCUCUAAUCUUGUGAAAAGAACUGCCAUACGGAAGACUUGGGGCUUGGUCGCCAAAGAUCCGAAAUACAAAAUACGACUAGUAUUCCUUGUUGGAAGAAGCCGCUCACCAAAAUACCGCGCGCUUCUCAAAAAUGAAAGUAGGGCAUUUGAAGACAUAAUCCAGAAGGACUUUGUUGACAGUUACAUGAAUCUGACGCUCAAGUCGUUAUCAAUGCUUGAAUGGGUGACGCACUACUGUAAUUCCUCCAAGUUCAUCCUGAAGGCUGAUGAUGACAUGUACAUCAACCUGCCCAAUCUGAUCAAGGCCCUCCACAGACGUAAAGGCGACACGUUUAUUAUUGGCCACCUUCACGAUAAGGGGAAACCAGUACGUGACAAAAAAUCCAAAUGGUUCAUUCCACGAAAAAUGUACCGUAAAGAUAACUACCCUCCGUUUACUGUGGGCGUGGCUUACUCGAUGACGACCAAGGCGGCAAAACGACUUUACGCGAAAGCGCAGACGAUGUCUUUCUUUCCCAUGGAGGACGUAUUCUUGACCGGAAUUGUUGCUUCCGCUUCCGGUAUACCUCGAUACGAUCAUAUCGGUUUCUAUGACAAGUGGCGAAAGCCAAGCUGCGAAUUUAAGAAGAAAAUUGCUGAGCAUAAACAUUCGCCACAGGAGCUUUACCUGAUACAUACUUUGCUAACAGGAGAAGCUUGCCAAUAGAGGAGAUGGGGAACUCGUCGGAUACUGGUGGUAGGAUCAGGGCACUGAAAAAUGUCGCAUAGAGAACGCUCUCUCUGGGAUUGGUGAAGACGAGUACAGCCAAGCAAAGAGAUGAUUUAUAUUCAGCUGAAAAUCAGUCAGGUUAUACUCCAUCCGGUCGUUCCCGUAGACGGUGACGAACCGAAGCAUGUAAUAUAGUAUUACCUGAAGUU